CUGGACUUGCGGCGGUUUGAAAGAUCCGUUCGCUGAGCUGCGUGGCUCGACUGCCGCUGAGAUGUCGGUGCUGAGGCCGAUGGAGAAGCUGCCAGACCUGAACAGGGCUACAGUCUUGCUGGUGAGCACGGAGGAUGCGCUUCUGCAGCAGCUGGCGGAGUCGAUGCUCAAAGGGGACUGUGCGUCCGAGCUGAGGGUCCACUUGGCCAACUCCCUCCCUUUGCCCUCCAAUGUGAACCGGCCCCGAAUUGACUUGAUUGUGUUUGUGAUUAACCUUCACAGCAAAUACAGCCUCCAGAAAGUGGAGGAGUCUCUGAACCAUGUGGACAGCCAUUUCUUCCUGGGGAAAGUAUGCUUCCUUGUCACAGGGGCCGGACGGGAGAGCCACUGCAGCAUCCACCGGAACACGGUCAUAAACCUGGCCCGCACCUACCGAAGCCCGGUGCUCUUCUGUGAUUUACAGGUGGAAAGCUUUCGAGCUGCCAUGGCGCAGCGCCUGGUGCGCGUGCUGCAGAUCUGCGCUGGCCACGUGCCGGGCAUCUCAGCGCUCAACCUGCUGUCCUUGCUGAGGAGCCCCGAGAACCUCCAGUCCAAGGAGCUGUGAGCACUGCUGCUGUCUACACAUUUGGUGCCAACUCCAUAAGCAGUCACCGUUGGCGAAGACCAGUCAGGGUCUGACAGGCCCGGAGGCAGCCUGCUUACUGCAAGGACUUAGUUCCACCAGGGAAUGGGGAGACGGCCCAGCAGUUAAGACCCCACCAGCCUCCUGUCUCUCACCUCACCCCACAGAGGCCCUGUCUUCACCUGUCUAACAUCAUAUAUCCACCUAAGGUUUUGGAACAAAGAGCCAUGGCUUUAAAAAAAAAGGAAAGAAAAUGUG